AAUCGAUGUAUGAUAACUGGUAGUCGGUACGUGAAAGUAAAAUUUGAUGUCGUUAUGAAUUUAUGAUUGAUGAUUAAUACAAUUAUCGUUGCAUGAUGAAUUAUUAUGAUGUAUCUUAAUUAAUAAUUAUUAUUUCUCUUUUCUUUCAUUCUUUGAUAUUUUAAGAGUAAUUAUUUACAAUUGUACUACUUGACAAUGGUCCACGGUUAAAGAUUACCGUAUGACUGUAAAAGUAUCUUUAUUUGUUUCAAUACAAAAAUCCUCAUAAAAACAUUCAUAUUUUGCAUUUUAAGAAAACAUUUUGUGACAAAUACAUUUCAAAACACACAUAAUCAUUUCUGAAUUUGGUUUUAUAUAAUAAAUACAUUGAUACACUUUAACACAAUAGAUAUUUAUACUGCUUAGACUUUGAUUUGAACACAAAUUUGAUAACUAGCAAAAAAAAAUAAUGUCAAAAGCAUCAAGAAAGGUCUUACUGGGUUUUGUGGACGAACAUAUUGAGAGUGAAAGCUGUUCUGAUGAUUCAUACACAAUAAAUAAAAUUGGAGGAUUUUCUGAUACUCAGAAUUUUUCACCAAAAUGUCCACUGUGUAAUCGCCGUACACCAUUACUAAUUCAGAUAUAUGCCCCUCUUAUAAAUUCUAUUUACCAUAGAACUUUAUAUAUUCAUGCAUGUGUAAGUCCUGGAUGUUGGAACAAAUCUCAGAGUUGGAUAUGUUUGAGACGGCAGUGGGUUGCAGUAGAUGAUUAUGACGAUAAGCAGCAGUCCCCAACAUUUAUAGAAUGGUGUGAUGAUGCUGACGACUGGGGUGAGGAACCUUUAACUGAAGAAAAUGGUAAUUCUACUGUUAAAAGCCAAGCAAUUGAAAUUUGUGAUUCUGCAAGUGCUGAGUUAGAAAAUUCUGAUGCUGAUGAUAAUGUAGUUGCUGAACCAAUUGAAAUACCAAAUACAAAUUGUCUUCAAUUAUUAGAUAGUAGAAAAGAAAUACCUUCAGAUCACUUUAACAUGAAUGUAUAUUUUGAGCCAUAUUAUAUAUCAGUAGCUUAUGAAGAAUCGUCUGAUAAAGUAAAAGAGCAUGCAAAUAACUUAUUACACAACUAUCAAAAUAAUGAAAUGAUUCUUGAAGAAAAAAAUGAAGGAUAUGAAAAGAGUUUACCAGCACAUGGUGAUAAGUUUUUUGAAACAUUUGCAUCAAUAAUAAGAAAAAAUCCUGGUCAAAUUUUACGGUAUUGUCGUACUGAAGGUAAACCAUUAUUUUUAUAUGAAGAAAGUGAACCAAAUAAAUGUACCAACUGCCAGGGUAAAUUAUUAUUUGAGUUACAAAUUCUUCCAUCAUUAAUUACAUAUUUGAAACUAAUAUGUGGAGACGAUCACCUUGGUAGUGGACACUUAGAAUUUGGAACAGCUCUAAUAUACACUUGUGAAAAUAAUUGUUGGAAUGAAGGAGAUACUUAUAAGUAUGAAUGUGUUAUAGUUCAAGAAGAAAAACUAUUUUAAAUUUUUAUAUUUAUCUAUUAAAAUAUUUGAACAAUCAAUAAAAUAUAGAAAUUUUAUUUGAAAUGUAA